CCCAGAAAAUGAUGCAGUUGAUUUGACAUUAGAGAUUGAUGAAUCUCAAUUCUUUAACUCAGAAAAUGAGGAAGAAAAUGAGACAAACAGUUCUCAAGAUGAUCUUAAUAGUGAAAAGUCGCAGUUGCAAUUACAUAUCGGUUUUACAUUUGAUACGUGGAAGGAAGUGGACAAAUUUUUAGAAUCAUAUAGAAAGUUCAAAGGCUUUUCUUUUCAGCGAAGUAGGACCAACUUUCACUCAGACAAUUCAGGCAUUCGUCGUCGUAGUUAUGAAUAUUCUAAAUCACGUGUACAUAAGGCUAAAAAAAUAGUCGACAUUACUAAGCAGCAUAAACGCCAUUCUACUGCAAUAGAUUGUGAGUGGCAUGUAAAUUUCAACAAUCAUAAGGGUACUACUGAGAUCACUUGUACUUUAUUUGAGGCUAAUUUUAAGCAUCAUUGGGUGGAAUUUAUUGCGUUUCUUGAACCAUUUCCUAAAGCUUUUCACUAUGCACUUGAAACACUUUAUUCUAUGCAGAGUAUUAAUGGAAUUAUUAAAAAGGAAGUUUCACAUAGUACAACAUUACUAUAUUUAGUUGAUACAAUACAAAAUCGUCUAAAUGAGGAAGCGCAUUACGCACAAAUAAAUGAACAAAAGAAUAUGAAUCCUACUAUUGGAUUACCUCAUGUUGCAAGUCAUUAUUUUUCAGCCAUUGAUUCCUUACUCCGAGAGUACUUAACUCCAUAUGUUCUUUCACUUCAAAAACCUGAGAAUAUUAUAGAUAAUGAAUGUCGUGAAGACGAUUAUGAGCAGCUCCAGAUAGAUCUCAAAUCCUUAUUGCAAAACUUAAGAAGAGAAUAUGUUGAACAGAUAAAUAAUGAUGAAGAUCUUAUUGCAACACUUCAACCUAUUAGACUAUGUGGUGAAACUAAUCAACUAUUAUCAUUUAAUAAUGUUAGCAAUAUAAUUAAUUUUGGAUAUUUGUCUCAAUUUCGUGCUCCUAAUACAUUUACUCCUGCCUUGAAAAAAUCAAUUAGUGAAAAGACACGUUGGGCUAAAGGAUAUGGAAUGUCUAAAAAAGCAUUAAAUUUAAUGAUACAUCUCAAUUGUGAUGAUGAAUUUUAUAAAAUAAUGGAGGAGUUCAUUUCUUCCAAAACACAAGAGUUGCAACUUUUAGAGGAGGAUAAUAAUGAUAAAAAUAAUGUUGAAUCUCAUGAAUCUGUUGUAGUCAUCAAUCCAAUUGGUGUAUUGGAAGAUAUUAGUAAUGCAUAUCAAAAUCGAGAUAGACUUAAUACUGAUAAUACACAGGAAAAAAGACAAAAUAAAUGUGCUAAUUGUGGAAGUUAUGGUCACAAUGUUAGAACCUGUGCUAAUGCAAGCUAA